AUGGGAGCGAUGAGAGAUCUCUGGGUUCGCUGGAAGAUGCUACGUCUUCCAUGGCGGAAGCAGUUCCUUGUUGGUCAAGAUCUCGUGGGAAACACAUACUGGGAAUUCCGAGAUGCGCUAAACCACAACCGAUGGCGUCGUAUGGUGCGAGCGAACCGUACUGUAGCCUUCGCCGAUGUACAAAUCUCCCCCCAAUGGCACCAAUGGCUCCGUCAGACCCGUUAUGAUCCCCCAAGCCUGCAGGAGCAAGCUGCAGAUGUACAAAGACAGGCGGCCUUGAAACAUAAUGCUAGGCUGGCAGAUGAAAGAUGGGCUGCAAAAGCAAAAUAUAUUGAGAAACCAAAGCCUACGGUCACACCACAGCUCUCUGGUGAUCCCCAGCAAGACAGAGUCCGGGCCGAAAACAUGCCCGGAGAGCCUCCACAGCACGAGAAGACAAAAAGCGCUGUUGAAACACCCAUGGCACCGCGUGAUGACCCGUGGAAGAAAGCUGAUGAGACCGGGUCUAAUCCCGGAGCACAGUGGGCGCCAGAAUCCUGGGUCCCUGGUGCUCCCAAGCGUCGAAGCUGA